AUGGGCUUGGAAAGAUCUUUCUUUCGCUCAAUGGUUCUAUUGAAUAAGAGUUCCUUCACAGAAAACCCACCUCCACCUAAUAAGUCCAAUGAAGAAGCUGAGAAAAAUGAGGGUAAAUCUGAAGCACGGCCAUCUACCCCUAAGCAACCGAAGGAACCUUCUUCUGAUUUUAAUAUUGUUGGUUUGCAUGUACAAGGGAUUGAGCUAAAGGCUCUCCUUGGUCAUUUAAAAUAUGUGUACCUGGGCAAAGGGAACACCUUUCCAGUUAUAAUCUCUAGGGAGUUGAUAACUACCCAAGAGGAAUCCUUAGUUGAGACUCUGAAGAACUGGAAGGAGGCCAUUGGGUGGACUCUUUAUGAUCUCAAGGGAGCAAGCCCUUCUCUUUGCAUGCCUAGAAUAACUUUAGAGGAAGGAGCCAAGCCCACAAUUCAACCCCUCAAAAGGCUCAACCCCACGAUGCAAGACGUCAUUCUUAAGGAAAUUAUCACGCUCAUUGAAGUCGAUAUUAUUUACCCAAUUCUUGAUAGUAAGUGGGUAAGUUCUAUUCAUGUAGUUCCAAAAACAACCAGCAUGACAAUUGUGGAAAAUGACAAGGGUGAGAUGGUGCCGAUGCACGUACAAAAUGGGUGGAAAAUGUGCAUCGAUUUUCAAAAGCUCAAUGAGAUGGUGGAACAACUUGCCAAAAAACCGUUCUUUUGCUUUCAUGUUGGGUUCUCUGGAUUCUACCAAAUCUCAAUCGCCCAAGAAAACCAUGAAAACACUACCUUCACUUGUACUUAUGGGACUUACGGCUUCAAAAGGAUGCCAUUUGGGCUUUGCAAUGCCCUAGAUACGUUCCAAAGGUGUAUGAUGAGUAUUUUUUCUGAUUUCAUAGAAAGGUGCAUAAAGUAUCACUUUAUGGCUUCUCAUGGGAUUGUUUUAAGACAUUUAGUUUCUGUAAGGGGGAUUGAGGUGUUUCGUCAAGGAUUUUUCAAAGUUGGCAUUACAACUAUCAAGUUGCAGAACGAUGUUCCUUUUAAUUUUGACAGGAAAUGUCAGGACGCCUUUGAAACUUUGAAUGAAAAGUUGACCACCACCCCAAUUUUGCAACCUCCACGAUGGACGUAUCAUUCGAGAUCAUGUGUGAUGCUAGUAUCUAGCAGUGGGAGUGGUCUUAUGAUAGCGGGUCGACAAGAAAAGUACCUCAUGACCAAGAAGGAGUCGAAGCCCCGUCUUGUGCGUUGGAUGUUUCUCCUUCAAGAAUUCAACGUGACUAUUAAGGAUAUGAAGGGAGUAGAAAACUUGGUGGCAGACCACUUAAGCAGGAUUGUGAAAGAGGAGGACCCCACGACCCUUUCUUCUUCAUAUGGUUACUUGUAUAUUCUUUUGGGAGUGGAUUAUGUGUCGAAGUGGGUUGAGGCUAUUCCCACUAGAACCAACAAUGCUGUCGUUGUUUUAACCAUUGAGGCGCUCAUGAGAAAGUAUGGAGUUCACAAUCGAGUUGUCACUCCAUACCAUCUUCAAACGAAUGGCCAAGCAGAAAUUUCUAACCGAGAGGUUAAGAGUAUCCUGGAGAAAACUGUCGAUCCAGUAAGGAAUGAUUGGAGCACACACCUUGAUGGUGCUCUUUGGGCUUACAGAACUGCUUUCAAAACUCCUAUUGGAACAACGCCCUUCAAGCUUGUCUAUGGCAAGGAGUACCAUUUACCGAUAGAGAAUGAGCAUAAGGCCUAUUGGGUGGUUAAGCAAUACAAUUUGAAUCUAGCCCAAGCCGGUGAGGAGAGACUUCUAGAACUAUAA